CAGGUGUGUGAACAUGAGAUCUGCAGACGAUCCUCGGUGCGUCCAAGGGCUCCGAGGCUCAGCAAUGCGGGGUCAACAUGUCCCAAGCAUUCAACAUGCACUGGCUUCAUGUGCCGAAUAGUUCUCCAUGUCCAUCAUUUGCUCCUUUAGGUGAAAGAGGCACCCACCAUAAUUGACGUCUGAUGUCCCUAUGCCCAUCUGAUGUUUUGUUGGGAAAAUGGAUCCGCACAUGGAUGCUUGCAUCUUGGUUCAAUGAAGAGCUUUCACAUGCUGUGGUAUAUCUCCUUCCGAGCCUCCGGGGCUUCUAUGUUCGAUGAUAGUAUAAAGCAUGGCCGUGUCAAUUCGCAAAGGCAGACCAUGAUCAGGAGAGCAACACCGCUGUCAUGACUACCACACGCAACCCCAAAGACUCGAUGAAGUCCACAUGGCGUACCGCCAACCGGGACCAAUGGAACAUCAGCCACUGGGCACUCGAGAUGCUCGACGCCUAUCCCAUUGAUCUCGACCGGGAGGUGCCAGUGCACUCCAAGCAGGACAAGCUGCCGUAUAUGCCUCAGUGGUCGCUUAAUCUCUGGGUACUCCUCUAUUCGUUCAUUCCGCUCGCGAUCAAUCAGGCUUAUGUGUCAUACAUGGGCCGCAAUCUCGGCCCGUUCGCCAUCUUCAACCUUUACUUCUUUUCGUUCAACACCAUCCUCGUUUACCAAAUCCGGAUCCUUCGUCGCCUGGGCCAUACCUAUGGCUUCUUUGACGGCGACCAACAUGAGCGCGACGGUGUCCCUGAUGUUGGUGUGGGGAAGGUUGCUGCCUCGCUCUACAAAACAACCGGCUCUCGCUUAGCGCUGUCGAUCUACCUCACCUACAACGCCAGCCAAGCACCCAUGGCCAUGAACUGGGCAUGGCUCCCUCUGGAGAUUGGCCUUUACGGGAUUGUGCUGGACUUCUGGUUCUACUGGUACCACCGUCUGAUGCACGACGUGAGCUUCCUGUGGAAGUACCAUCGCACUCACCAUUUGACGAAACACCCUAAUCCCCUCCUCGCUGCCUAUGCGGACCAUGAACAGGAGUUCUUCGACAUGGUCGGGGUGCCGUUGAUGACCUACCUGAGCCUCAGAUUCUUGGGUCUGCCUAUGGGCUUCUAUGAGUGGUGGAUCUGCCACGAAUACGUUGCGUUUGCUGAGGUCUUUGGGCAUAGCGGCCUUCGUGUGCACAUGACGGUACCGUCGACGCUGAGCUGGCUGCUGCAGAUGCUGGAUGCGGAGAUUGUCAUUGAGGAUCACGACCUCCACCACCGCAAAGGAUGGCGCAAGAGCCACAACUACGGCAAGCAGACUCGUCUGUGGGAUCGCAUUUUUGGCACGUGCCAUGAGCGUCUGGAGUCGGUCACUAGCAACAUUGACUAUACCAAUACCGUCAAUAUGCCUUUAUUCUAACUUCGAUACGUAUAUGUUGAUGACCGCUGAGAACAUCCAGCCUUUCAUGCAUGCAAUGUGUUUGCAAUGAAUA